CGGAAAAAGUGAACGUCCGACUUUGAAAAAAACUCUCUUUGUGUGUGACGCUGUUCAUCAUAGUUAUUUAAUCCUUAUUGAGUGACCCUGUAGUGACAAAGAAUGCAGAAUCAGGAGUCACAAUUGCCGCACAUGCCAGUGCCACCGCCAAAGAUGCCGGCUUCUUCAAGUCGCAUUCUUUACGAUAUACCUUGCAAAGUUUGUCGAGAUCAUUCUUCGGGAAAACAUUAUGGUAUAUUCGCAUGCGAUGGAUGUGCUGGCUUCUUUAAACGAUCGAUUAGAAGGAAUCGGCAAUAUGUGUGCAAGGCAAAGUCCGAAGGUGGUUGUAUGGUAGACAAGACACAUCGGAAUCAAUGUCGAGCCUGCAGACUAGCAAAGUGCAUUCAAGCCGGCAUGAACAAAGACGCCGUACAACACGAACGAGGUCCGCGAAAUUCAACAAUUCGUAGACAAAUGGCGUUAUACUUCAAAGAACCUGAAAUGAUAGCUAGCAUAGUGGCGCCGUCAGCAGCUUUAGACCUCGCUUUACCCAAAGCGCCGACCGAAUCACGCGUUUCUAUGCCUGGACCAUCGCCCCAUCCUUCCCUCACGCAUCCUGUAUAUUGCAACGCGUUGGCAAUGUCAAAGAUGCCACCUAAUAUAGCAAACUUACAUGCAAUGCCGAUUAUCCCUCCGAUCGCCGCCGAAUCUAUGUGCGAGCAGGCAGCGAGAUUACUGUUUCUGAACGUUCAUUGGGCACGAGAUCUGGCGGCGGGCACGAAUCUCGUCUUGGAGGAUCAAUUGACGCUGCUCGAAUGCUCCUGGCGCGAACUCUUUCUGCUGGCCGCGGCGCAAAUGUUACCGACUCUGGACCCUACGCCUCUGCUACCACCUCAAGGUAUCGGGCUGGCGAUCGAGGUUACUCGUUUCCGCGAGACUCUGGCUGGUUUUAACGCGAUGCAUCUAGACCAGCACGAGUUUGCCUGCAUCAGAGCGAUAGUGCUUUUUAAGGCCGGUUUGGACAGCGAAUCAGUGUCCAGCAACCGCAGCACCAGCAGCUCCAAUUCACCCGGUCCUGGAAGUCGGCUUAGAGAUCCAGCCUCCGUUGCCCGAUUAAGAGACAGUGCUCAACUGGCACUAGGACAGCGACUUAAUAGCGCUUCCUUGGGAGCAGGAACCCUCAGGUUCGGCAAAUUACUAUUGUUGCUGCCCAGUUUGCGGUCCGUAUCCACACACGCUAUCGAGGAACUUUUCUUUAGGCGAACCAUUGGUAUAAUCCCAAUCGAAAGGAUCAUCUGUGACAUGUACAAGGCACCGUAA